AUGGCUACCCCUAGUGUCCUCGCUUUUGACGCUGAGGGUCGAGCCAUUGACUUUGAGGUCUGGGUCGACGACCUGCAGCUGUUCUUACAGUGCGAUAGGGCGGACGGUCUUUCUCUCUUUGACCUCACAUCUGGCGCCUCUCCUGCACCUGCUGCUGAUGCUGACCCCACUGUUCGCUCUCAGUGGGCCACCCGCGAUGCUGCUGCACGUCUUGCUGUGCGUCGCCACCUGCCUACCACUGAGCGCGCGCACUUUAGUCAGUACAAGAGUGCUCAGACCUUGUACAACGCUGUAGUUGCGCGCUACUCUUCCCCUGCCACUGCUGCACUGAGCCGCCUCAUGCUACCUGACACUCGCUACCGCGCCGCGCUGCCUGCUGAGUUCUGCGCCAAGAACCCCCCCCCCCCCAUGUACAUCACUCUCUAUUACAUAGUCACCCGCCUCCCUGACUCCCUCCGCGUAGUCAGGGACCACUUUCUCUCAGUCUGUCCCACCACUCUCACCGUUGACCUCCUAGAGAAGGCCCUCCUAGCAGCGGAGAAGAGCAUAGUCGCUGUAGGAGCCUCUCGUGGUGACCCUCGCACCCCCAUCUUUGAGGGGUGUUCCCCUUCCCCCCUGCUGCCCUCUGUCGCCUCUGCUGCUGCGGCCGACCUACUUGGUCUUGUGUCGGUCGGUGUGGCGUCUGCCCCUAGCGGGAGACGCCGCUCUGGCAAGGGCAAGGGGGGCAAGGGCGCGGGUGGAGCUAGCGGGGGUGGUGGAGGUGGCGGUGGAGGCGGCGGAGGGAGUGGGGGUGGCGGUGGGAGUGGUGCCGGGGGUGGAGGUGGCGGUGGCAGCGGCGGAGGCGGAGGCGGCGGUGGCGGUAGCGGUGGGAGCGGAGGCGGCGGUGGCGGCGGAGGUGGAGGCGGCGGUGGUGGAGGAGGUGGAGCUGGUCGAGGUGGUACUUCUCAGCGGAGCGGCUCCGGGAGUGGUCAGCGCCAGCAGCAGCAGAAGCAGCAGCGUUCUCGGGACAUCCCCCCUCCUCAGCAGCUCCGUGAGUGGUACACGCAGCGUCAGCGUGGUGGGGGUUUUGGCCCGUGCGCCUACGUCCUCCGCUCCGGUGACCGCACGGGUGAGCAGUGUGGGGGUGCUCACCCCACCCAGCGCUGCUUUGGCCGCCUGAUGGACGCUUGGCGUCAGCAGUUCCCGGAGGCUAGUGAGAUCCCCCGCUGGGGAGAGCUGUCUAGGGCAGGCGUAGCUAUCUUUGAUCUUGACUUUGAUGCAAUCGUUGCUGCCAUGUAUGCUGUGACUAUUAGUGAUGAGGGUGAUUGUUACCGGUGUUUCCCGCCCGACCCGGGCAUUGGUACUGCUGCUCUAGGUACUGGUGAGGCUGCUGCUCUAGGUGCCAGUGCGUCCACGCCCUCAGGUGCUGGUGAGUCUGCGCUCUCAGGUACCACGUCAACUUCGGCCUCCCUCUCCUUCACACUUGACUCGGGGGCUUCUCGCUCCUUCUUUCGAGACCGCACCACACUCACGCCGCUUGGUCGGCCAGUUGCAGUCUCCCUGGCAGACCCCUUUGGGGGUCCUGUCCUCUCUCACUUCUCCACUGUCCUCCCGUGUCCGGCUGCCCCCUUUGGCACCUUGUCUGGUCUUUACCUCCCCUCGUUCUCUACAAACUUGGUGAGUGGUGCUGACCUGCAGGAUACGGGGGUUCACCAGUUCACUCCUGCGAGUCAGCGGGUGACCCACUGCACGGACGCUCGGACAGGCCGACACCUGGCCACGUUUACACGUCGGCCGGGGUCGAGCCUGUACACACUGACUACUGAGUCUCCUCCAGUCACUGCGUCUGGUCAGGUAGCUGAGUCGGGUCAGGUGUUUGCUGCAGCGUCCAGGUCUUGUCCUGAGUCUGCCACCUGCUCGUGUCGCCUCCUGUCUCACGAGACUCUCCUCUGGCACCACCGUCUUGGUCACCCCUCCCUGCCUCGUCUCCGAGGCAUGGCUUCCCGUGUCCUUGUCUCUGGUCUUCCCCGGUCCCUCCCUCCCCUUCCUCCGGGGCCUGGUCCUUCCUGUGUCCCCUGCGGAGAGUUCUCCUCUGGCCUCCUGCAAGCCUACUGUCGUGCGCGAGGAAUCCGCCAGACCUUCAAGCUUCCGGACUCUCCGCAGCAAAAUGGGAUUGCUGAGCGCCGCAUUGGCAUGGUCAUGGACGUCGCUCGUACGUCUAUGAUGCAUGCGGCUGCCCCCCAUUUUCUGUGGCCGUUUGCGGUUCGGUACGCGGCGCAUCACAUCAACCUUCACCCCAGGGUCUCCAGACCGGAGACCUCCCCAGCCUUGCUGUGGACGGGGAAGGUCGGCGAUGCGUCUGCGUUCCGUGUCUGGGGAUCUCGGGCGUUUGUCCGCGACUUGUCUGCGGACAAGCUGUCCCCUCGUGCUGCUCCCUGUGUCUUCCUUGGCUUCCCCCCUGACGCCCCUGGGUGGCAGUUCUACCACCCCACCUCUCGUCGUGUUCUGUCCUCCCAGGACGUCACGUUCGACGAGUCAGUACCCUACUACCGCCUCUUCCCCUACCGCACUCCUUCCCUCCCCCCGCCACCGCACUUCAUUGUGCCAGGUAGAUGCAGUUGA